AUGCCGCACCGUCCCCCGCUCCGCUCGCCUCAAAGCCGCGGCGGCCCUUACACCACCGCGCCGCCGACGCCGACGCCGUCGCGCGCGGCCGAGCAGCACUGCCUCCGCCUCCUGGAGCGCGCCGCGACGCCGGCGUCGCUCCUCCAGCCCCUCGCAUUCCUCCUCAAGCGCGGCCUCCACUCCAACCCGCUCGUCCUCACCAGGCUCUUCGCGGCCGCGGGCUCCGCCGCGCCCGCGCUCCUCGAGCCCCUCGUCGCGGCGCUCCUCCGCCCGGGCCUCCCGCUCGACGCCUUCCUCCUCAACACCCUCAUCCGCGCCCACGUCGCGUCCCCGCUCCCCUCCGCGCGCCGCCGCGCCGCGGCCUUCUUCCCGCUCAUGCUCCGCCGCGGCGUCGUCCCCAACAAGUUCACCUUCCCUUUCCUCCUCAAGUCCUGCGCCGCGACGCCGGGAUCCCCGGCCACCGGCCUCCAGGCCCACGCCGCCGCCCUCAAGUUCGGGUUCGCCACGGACCACUACGUCUCCAACACGCUGAUUCACAUGUACUGCUGCUUCGGCGCCGGGUUCCUCGGGGAUGCGCGGAAUGUGUUCGACAGAACGCCCAAGGACAGCGCUGUCACCUGGAGCGCCAUGAUCGGCGGGUAUGUGCGCGGGGGGCUGUCGAGUGAUGCCGUCGUGCUGUUCCGGGAGAUGCAGGCCAGCGGUGUGCGGCCCGAUGAGGUGACAGUCCUUGGGGUCCUUUCGGCCGCCGCUGAUUUGGGCGCACUCGAGCUCACGCGCUGGGUUGAGAAGUUUGUGGAGAGGGAGGGAAUUGGGAGGUCUGUGACGCUCUGCAAUGCGCUGAUCGACACGCUGGCCAAGUGCGGGGAUGUCGAUGGGGCGGUGGCGGUUUUCGAAGGGAUGGAGGAGCGUACUGUUGUGUCAUGGACGUCGGUGAUUGAUGCGCUUGCGAUGGAGGGCCGUGGGAGAGAGGCUGCGGCGGUGUUUGAGGAAAUGAAGGCCGUUGGCGUGCCGCCUGAUGAUGUCGCGUUCAUCGGGGUGCUCACUGCAUGUAGUCAUGCUGGAAUGGUUGAUGAAGGCCGUGGCUACUUUGACUCAAUGAAGACAGAGCAUGGUAUUGAGCCUAAGAUCGAGCAUUACGGUUGUAUGGUUGACAUGUUUGGUCGUGCUGGCAUGGUUGACCAGGGGUUGGAGUUUGUUCGUGCAAUGCCCAUGAAACCGAACCCAAUAAUUUGGCGGACUCUGGUUGCUGCUUGUCGUGCUCAUGGUCGGCUUGAGCUUGGCGAAAGCAUCAGCAAGGACCUUCUUAACGAGUACCCUGCUCAUGAGGCCAACUACGUCAUGCUCUCCAAUGUAUUUGCGUUGACACAGAGAUGGAAGGAGAAGUCAGAGAUCAGGAGAGAGAUGAGCAAGAGAGGAAUUACAAAGGUGCCAGGCUGCAGCCUUGUUGAGCUUGAUGGAGAGGUCCAUGAGUUCAUAGCAGGAGAUGAAUCACAUCUGCAGUACAAGGAGAUAUACAGGAUGGUUGAGGAGAUGUCAAGAGAGCUAAGGCGCAUUGGGCAUAUUGCAGCCACAUCAGAGGUUCUCCUUGACCUUGAUGAGGAGGACAAGGAGGGUGCGCUUCAGUGGCACAGUGAGAAGCUGGCAAUUGCAUUCGUGCUCCUGAGGACUCCUCCUGGAACACAGGUCCGGGUGGUAAAAAACCUACGUGUAUGCUCCGAUUGUCAUGCGGCAAUUAAGUGCAUAUCACAGGUUUAUAACCGGGAGAUCAUUGUGCGUGACAGGAGUCGUUUCCAUCGCUUCAAGGAUGGUUCCUGCUCGUGCAAGGAUUUCUGGUGAUUGCAAUUGUGUUUCACCAGGUUAUCCUGUUUCUUAUGGUGCAGUGAAGGGUGGAUUGAACUUCAACAGCACGUGCAGGCGAUCGUGAACUCAUGAUAUAUUUUCGAGGAACUUCUGCAAGUCCUCGAGGGGCAGAUAAAUGCGUCUCCAAACCUUGUGCUCUCUCAGUGGCCUCUCUGAAUUUCUUUGGCACUGUUCUAAGCCUUCCACCAGCCAUCUCAUUCUCCAUUGCUUCUUCAUUCAUGCAGUAGCUGUCACAUCAUCAUUCACUUCAGGGACUACAUGGGAAAUGUCAAAAACCAAGGUCUUCUCUUUGCCCCCUACAUGGCUACAUAUAGUCGGCUCAAAUAUUCCCGAAGCAGUAUUAUAAGUCCAUUUGUUUACAGGAACCAUAUCGCUCCUCCGUUGAGGAUCAGCGAGGUUUGUAGUCUGAGCAAUCCUAUGAACUCCCUGAUGUUCUCCGACGCUUUCUCAAGCGCUUCCACUGCACUCUUCAGCUUGUUCUCAUUGCUAGAGAAGAGUGCCACCGAGGCGGUGCGGGUGAAUCGUGCCAUGCUGGACCACACAUUUCUCGUGAAAGACAGAGUGAUACUACCAGCACCAUGCUGGUCAUUGUUGUUCCAAUCCUCAUGAGGAGCAGCUCCAGCAGCGGCAGCUUCUCGUCAGUAGCCAUCUGCUGGUCGAAGUUCUCGAGCCUGUCUGUCACCACGGCGACUACUGCUGUGGCAAUGCCAUGGCUAGCUCCCAAACAAGGAGCAUUCUUCUCUUUUGCAUUCGAAACCUCAAGCUGAAGGGAUCUCGCGAACUGAUUAUCGACUGAUAACUUCUCCAACAUCUCCAGUUUCUUCUCUUUUGCAUGCUCAAGCGGUCUCAAGAACUCCUCAUUAUCUGCCGAUGGCUUCUCCAACAUCUCCCGUUUUUUUUCCUUUUUGCAGGUGCAUUCUUCUCUACUGUCAAAACGUGAAGCUCAACCAAUCCCAAGAACUCCUCAUUAUGUGCUGAUAGCUUCUCCAACAUUUCCACUGUGCUGUUCAACUUCUGCACAUCCUUGUUGGUUGAGAGCAGCAUCUUGGCAGCACUGUGGAAGUACUUUAUAGUACUUGACACAACAAUCUUUGUGUAAGCUAGAGGACCAAGUGUACCUAUAUUAUGGUUGAUGCUCUUGCUGGCUUUGGACAAGGCUCGCCAUCGGAAGUCGAAAAGUACCUCAUCACCCUCUAUGCCAGCUUCCUUCAGCUUCUCCUGCCACUUGAGCAGAUUGGUCCCA